UUCCGGAUACGUCACUCGGGGCUUCCGAGUUAUUGCUAGCUCUACCUCUGUGUUCAUGUCGUUUGACACUGUAAACGUCGCCUCGUUGCUCUGGAGUAAACACCAAAAGAGACCAUGAAAACGCCAAAGGAGCCUAAAAGCGCCGAAAGGUUUGAAUAUUGAGACGUUGCUGUCUGGAGCGACGGUAGGACCGAGAAGCGGAAUGUCAACAACGCGGCCCCUCCUCGGAAUGAGACGAGUCACCGAGCUAGCGUGCCCGGAGCAGCCGACCAAUAGGCUCCCUGCGUCAGCCGGGAAGCAGCAGCCAGAGACCCCUACCGUGGACGAGUUUACAGUGCUAGAGGAUAAAGAAGAUGACCUGAAGUGUGCCAAGCCUCGAGUGGAGCAGGUUUUUAAAGUCACGUUCACCAUUAUCGGUCUGUUGGACCACACGGGACAGCCGCACGGUAGCAAAACAUCACGGCAGAUAUGGCUGCAGCUCAGGGGAAACCGAGACGACGUGUCAAAGGCAAAGGAAUAUGUCCGAGGACUCUGUGACCCAGAGCUGCAGAAAGAAGAGAGGUACCCAGUGGACAUGCACUGUAUCUUUGCUGGUGCCCGGGGCCUCUUCCUGGACAGGCUCAUACGGGACACAAGUGCUGAAGUUGUGGUGCCUGAGCCGGGCCGCCUGCGGUUGUUGGGCCGGGCCGAACCCGUAGUGAUGGCCCAGAGCAGAGUUCAGCAAUUUGUAGCACUAUUCCAGGAAAAGCGAAGUCUACCGAGCGACAGAGAGCCGGCAGUGAAACGAGCGUUCAAGUCCUUUGUGGAGGAAAGGGAUGAUAAGUACACUAUGGAGCUUCUUUUGCUGCCCAGUGCCCUGAAGGAAGAGUUACUGGGACUGGCUCAUAGCCCCACUACCACAAACACAUCCUACCUGGUUCAGCUCAACCAGACGCUGCAUCUCGGCAUGGCAGAGGUGGACCAGGACCGCUCACAGAGCAGCACCCCUGUGACUGAACUCUCCAACCGCAUCCUGGGCACCAGCUUCGAGGAGAAAGGGGCAGCGGCGGCAGCAGCGAUUGGCGGCGGUGGUAAAGCAGGCGGAGCGAUCGGCUUCGGACCGGAGGCCGUCCUGCUCAACGGCACGCGGCCCUCGCACAAGCGGCGCUCGUCCGAGAGCGAGACUCGCGACACAAAGAGACAGUACUCUCUGGAGCGGAGGGACGAGUCGCCGGAGAGAGCGAGAGAGAGGGAGCGACAGAGGGACAGAGAAGGCCGGGGGGGCAGUAGCAGCUGUAGAUCCAAAACCCCCUCCGCCUCGUCAUCCCUCUCCUCCUCCUCCUCAGGCAAAGCGAACACAGUAGGCGGUGCGAUCAUGUUUGACUCCAGUGAACUCUCAGAUGACGGGGAGGCGGUAAGCCCCGAAACCAACCUCCGCUGCUUGGUCAAUUUCUUCAGAACCAUGGGUUACCAGCAGGAAGUGGUGGAGCGUGUCGUCAAGGAGACGGGACAGACGGAAGACACCUUCCUCGUUCUGGAGAAAAUCGUUGAGGAAACCAAGCGUUGUGAAGAGGGGUCAACAGGAGGGGGGAAAGAGAGACAAUUGAACUCUGUGCGCUCCCCAGACGCUCCCUCGUCCUCGUCCUCCUCCUCGUCUGUGGUCUCUCGAUUCCGAGAGAAGGAGCGCGAGCUGAGCCGAGCGCUGGUAGACCCGGCCAGGUCCAAAGAGAACAUUAAGCCCAAUCAGCAUGGAGGCAGUAGCAACGGCCUGGGGCACCGGAGGCAGUGCAGCGGCAGCGAGACCAGCACGCAGCAGGCCAUCACUAUCAAGAGGAGCGCCAGUGCUCAUGGGGGAGCAGGAAGCUACGAGGUUAUUACCAUUGACGAUGACGAUGACGUCAUCCCCAUGACGAAAACGGCGGACAGUAGGACGUCCCGGAUGAUGACGGUGCCACACCUGGACACCCAGUCAGGAUCCAGAACGGACUACCUGGCGCGGGGAGGGGGACAGCGGGACUACUUGUCGCGGGGUGGGACUCAGACUCUGGGAGGAUCAGUGAAGGUAGAGACUGUGACAGCGCUGCGCAGCACGCCUCAAUGGCUGACCGCCACCACCACGUCCUUAGCUUCGACCCCCAGUUCAGCUCAGCCUAUCGCCCGGCCCUCAGCCUCUCCCUAUCAGACCAUCGGCCACACGGGGUUUCAUGGCGUCGGAGCCAGGGCUCCCCCUGCAAACGACCCCCCAGUGCCCCCGGUGACUGGCUUUGCUCGUUUCCAUCAGUCGCUGAGGACUCCCUACACUCUGAAGCUGCCAAACGAGCCGGGACGUCAGGAGCUCAGACACAUCAUCAUAGAUGGCAGCAACGUGGCGAUGGCUCACGGUCUUCAUCGGUUCUUCUCCUGUCGAGGAAUAGCGCUGGCUGUGGAGACCUUUUGGAGGCGGGGCCACAGGGAGAUCACCGUAUUUGUCCCCCAGUGGCGUCAGAAGAGAGACCGACUCACAACAGAACAACAUUUUUUAAACCAGCUAGAAGACCUGAGACUGCUCUCCUUCACUCCCUCCAGAGAAGUGUGUGGCCAGAGGAUAUCCUCACACGACGACAGGUUCCUGCUCCACCUAGCAGAAAAAACAGACGGGAUCAUCGUAACCAAUGACAACCUGAGGGACUUUGUCAAUACCUCGGACACCUGGCGCAAGAUCAUUCAAGAGAGGUUGCUUCAGUUUACAUUUGUGGAGGACCACUUCAUGAUCCCUGAUGACCCUCUGGGGAAAAACGGACCUCAUCUAGACCUCUUCCUGCGUAAAGACAACAGGAUGGCUCCAGCCACUCCCCUCCCUCUGAGACCCCCAGACUUCCGGCUGUCCUCCCAGCAGCAGCAGCCGGUUUACGUCCAGGCCCUCCAUUCGGCUCCCCGGACCCCCGCGCCCCCGCCCCCUACCUCCCUGAUGCCCCACUCCGCUGCGCACUGGCCCCACUCGGGUCCACCCGAGUGGCACCCGCCCCGCCGUUCCCCAUCCCCCUCGCCCUCGCCCCCUCCCCAGCGGUCGCUGGGGGAAACGUCGGAGCUGAAGAGGAAGCUGUACGACAUCUUCCCCGACCAGAAGCAACGGAUCGACCGCAUCCUCAGCGACAACCCAUACAUGAGAGACCUGAACGCCCUGUCUGGCCUGCUGCUGGGAUAGAGGACUGGCUCAGCCCGGAGACUCAGCAGACACACACACACACACACACACACACACACACACUACAUAUGCAAGAAUAUUCAUGUCACG